GUUUUGAUUUAAGAAUAUCAUUUUUUUGUUAAAAAAGUACCCAGAAUAAAGGCACCAACCAGACCGUGUUCCUUUAAAAUAAUAAUAGUAUCCAACAGUAAACUGCCUAAACUAGACAAAUAGCAAAAGCCGACAAAUGGCUCUUCUACUUAGAUCACUUUCCAAUCAAAUUAGACUAAAUACAUAUUUAUUACGUCACACAUCAGUUUUGAAUAGUAGAUUGUACUCGCAAGAAGCACAGAAAGCAAGUGGUUCAAAGACUGUAGCGACAGCCAAACCUAAAAGUGAACUUGGUGAGGCAAAGCCACUGGGUGAGAAAGUCAAGGAAAAUGUUAAGACAACAAGCUAUAUGGGUGUAAUAGUAAUCGGUAUUGGAGUAACAGCAAUAAUGUUCUACACGAUAUUUAGUGAGCUGUUCUCAUCAACAAGUCCACAAGCCAUUUAUGCUGAAGCAUUUGAAAAAUGUAAGAAUGACACGAGAGUACAGGAUGCAUUAGGGCAACCGAUUAAAUGUUUUGGCGAGGAAACGAGACGUAGGAGGAGAACUCAUGUAGCACAUCAACUGUACAUGAAGGAGGGACGUACCUACAUGAGAUUAACGUUUCACAUUCAAGGCAUUAGGAACAAAGCAACCGUCCAGUGUGAUAUGAGGCAAAAUGAUAAUGGCAAAUACGAUUAUCGUUAUUUAUUGGUCCAACUUGAUAGUUAUCCACACACGACGAUAAUCAUUGAAGAUAAUCGUGCUAGUGACACCAUGUCGAUUAUUGAGGCGAGUGCUAAUACUCCAUCAUCAGGAAAUGGUCCACUCAAAGGCAUUUUCUCAUAGGAUUUUUACUUUUUAAUUGCUUAUUGUAAAUAACUUUAAUUUGUCAAAAAGUUGAAGCUUGAGUUUGAUUCAAAAUUUUUAAAAUAUA